CCUCUGCUCUCCCCUGCUCUGGUGCUGCCUAUGCUGAUGUUGUUACAUCACACUGGCUCACAGACUGACUGCUGAAGCUCCUGCAGAGCCGACAAGGACCCCAGACCAGCAGAAUCUAUCUGAAUAUCUCUGGAUCCGAUUUUUGGCUAUUCUGUUUUAUUUCUGUGUGAUUUUUUAUUCGGAAUAUUAAUUUCGGGAGGAUGUAGGUAGAUCGCAGUGCGAGAGAUUCCACAUACCGCUAGUCGAAAAAAAGGCGACAAAAAAAAUACAACAGAAAAAGGCGACAAGCCCUGCGCAUGAUGACAGAUGGACUAUCUAAAUCCUCACGCAUCACCAGUAACCUUUCCGAGGGACUUUUCUCCCUAACGCGGCUAAUAAUGCAGUACUGUGUACCAUAAUCUGAAAAUAGCAUUUAGGCAACGCUGCCUUCUCAGAAAACACCGCAUUGCCGCUGAAGGAUGAAAACAACGGCAGCACCUCCGCAGUCCUCUGAAAGCAGAAGAAUUUCCAAAACAAGUUCGUCUGUCUUGUCUUGACUGACUUGCUUGGCAGUUGACACCAAUAUUAGUCUCUCUCUUGAGUGUUAAUAUUGAAUAUUUAUUUUUGAAAACAUAAAGGAAUUGAAAAUAUAAUUUUUUAAGGGAAUUUUCUCCUUCGUCUCAACAGCUGUGUUUGACAUAUGUUCCGAACGUAAACAGGCAUUGCACCUGUGCCCAGUCUAUAACAGGUUACGCCCAUGUAAAAUGGAGGAUAGCUUUGAUUGCGACUGCGGUGAGCUUGAGCCACCCGAUUGUUGAGGGGGAGACUACUCUGUAAAGAUUAAAAGGCAAGACACCAUUUUGGAUCAGCGGUGGUUUCAACAGGAAGAAGAAGAUUUGAGGAAAAUAAAAAUAAAAGAUUUUACAAUUGUAGUGCUUUUUGGCACAAUUAGAAUCAAUGCAGCUACACAGGAUGGGUCUAUCACUGAAUGUAUCUGCACUGUGAGGAUGCGACGAGAUGCUGUUGUAGUUUUUGAAUUGGCCUCUGAGUUCAUUCCAUUACUGCUGGCUGUCAAACACUAAACUUCUAAAAACGGUUUAAUAACCGGAGAAGCUAUAAGAAAAAAAACGAUUUGAAAAAGGAAUUCAAAUUAGGGGGAAAAACUGGCUCCAUUUGUCAGACAAACAUGACUUUCUACUCUGGUUGUGAGUCAGAGAGCGGUGUGGUUCUGUGAGGGUUAGACGGGGGGAAACAGUAGUCUUCUGUGUAAGGGUUAUAUCACCCACAUUCACAUUUUCACAAUAUAACACACCAGUUAAGAAAUCUAUAGAUUAUUAUCAGUCAGUUCAUCCAUUUUGUAUUGAACAAUCCCAAAGUCAAUAGAAACUUAGUCAAAAGUCCACACCAAAUCCAAAAUGGCGGAGAAGUUUGAGUCUCUGAUGAACAUCCAUGGGUUUGACCUGGGCCCACGCUACAUGGACCUGAAGCCUCUGGGCUACGGAGGGAACGGCCUGGUGUUCUCGGCCGUCGACACGGACUGCGACAAACGUGUGGCGGUGAAGAAGAUCAUCCUGACGGACCCUCAGAGCGUCAAACACGCCCUGAGGGAGAUCAAGAUCAUCAGGAGGCUGGACCACGACAACACCGUCAAGGUGUUUGAGACGCUAGGGCCCAGCGGUCGCCACCUAACAGAGGACAUAGUCUCUCUGACAGAGGUGAACUCUGUGUAUAUCGUCCAGGAGUACAUGGAGACAGACCUGUGUCAGCUCCUGGAGAGGGGUCUUCUCUCUGAGGACCACGCCAGGCUCUUCCUGUACCAGCUGCUGAGAGGCCUCAAGUACAUCCACUCUGCCAACGUACUGCACCGAGACCUGAAGCCUGCCAACCUGUUCGUCAACACAGAGGACCUGGUGCUGAAGAUAGGGGACUUUGGACUGGCCCGGAUCAUGGACCCUCACUACUCACACAAGGGUCAUCUUUCUGAGGGCUUGGUGACUAAAUGGUACCGGUCUCCUCGCCUGCUGCUCUCUCCUAACAACUACACCAAGGCCAUCGACAUGUGGGCCGCCGGAUGCAUCUUCGCUGAGAUGCUCACCGGGAAAACACUCUUCGCAGGAGCCCACGAGCUUGAGCAGAUGCAGCUGAUCCUGGAGUCCAUCCCUGUGCUGAGAGAAGAGGACAGACAGGAGUUACACAGUGUUAUCCCCGUCUUCAUACACAGUGACAUGUCCCAGCCACACAACCCGCUGGACAAGCUACUGCCUGACGUCAGCCCACAGGCCCUGGACUUCCUGCAAAAGAUCCUGACCUUUAACCCCAUGGACCGUCUGACAGCAGAAGAGGCCCUAGCCCACCCCUACAUGUCCGACUACUCCUUCCCCCUGGACGAACCCAUCUCCCUGCACCCCUUCCACAUAGAGGACGAGGUGGAUGAUAUCUUACUGAUGGACCAGGGCCACAGCCAUACCUGGGACAGGUACCGUGACAGCCAGCUUUCAGAAGGGGACUGGCACCUCCACACCCACAGCACUCUGGACACUGACGAGGUGCAGGUGGACCCUCGGGCUCUGUCUGACCAAACUGAUGAGGAGGAGGUCCAGGUGGACCCUCGUAAGUAUGCAGACGGAGACAGGGAGUUCCUGGACGAUCCAUCCUACGGCUACUCCUCCCUCUUCACUCCCGAUCGCUCGUGGCCCGACCCCGAUGACGAACACCUCGACCUUCACCACGAGAACAAGUACUGUGACCUGGAGUGUUCCCACACCUGCAACUACAAGGCUGUGUCUCCGUCCUACCUGGACAACCUGAUCUGGAGGGACAGCGAGGUCAACCACUACUACGAGCCCAAGCUCAUCAUAGACCUGUCCAACUGGAAGGAGCAACAGAGUAAAGAGAAACAGGCUGCAGGCAGAGACAAGGAGCACAAAGCCCAGAAGAGCAAGUGUGAGAAGAACGGCCUGGUGAAGGCUCAGAUGUUUCUACAGGUAGAGAAGAGCCAGGGCCCGGUGGAGAAGGACUCCCAGCAGGAGAAGAACCAGACCCAGGCUACUCAACAGAACCAAGGCUUUGACUUUGACUCCUUCAUCGCCGGCACCAUCAAACUGAGCCUGCAAACCGAGCCCAGCGAGGUGGGACUCCUGAGCGAGGUGGGACUCCUGAGCGAGGUUGGAGUGAGCCUCCUGAGCGAGGUGGGCCUCCUGAACGAGCUCAACUCGUCUGUGUCCCAGCUGGAGGCUCCGCGGUCAGGCUCCAUGUCCAAAUCCAUCAGCCAGGAGAAGGAGGAGAAGUGUCUGGUGAACUUUGCUCAGGUCAGCAGCACCGUGGGGACCACUGGGUCUGGGGCGCGUCCCGCUCACCCCUGGGAGAGCUUCGGAGGUGGGGAGAGGGUGGAGGAGGUGAGAGGUGGGGGUCUGAUGGACGAGGCGGGGCGCUGGGAUGUUGGGAAAGAGGAGCAGCACCAGAAGGACAGCUCCUACACCAGCUACCUGGACAGACUGUUCAGCAGGAAGGACGAGGGGGGUGGGGAGAGUGCUGCUAGCGCCGCCGACACCCCAGAACCUGAGCCCUCGGAGGUGGGAGGGGAGAGGGAACGGGACGAGGGGGGCUUCCUGGCGCGGAACGGAGAAAUCAUGUUUAACAUGCAGCUGGACUCUCUGGCGCUGCCGGGGUUCGACGCUACGACCGACCUGCCGCUCAAAUCCAUCCAGGCCUCCCUCGCUCCCUCCACUGUCAAAUGCUCGCCUCAGAUCGCCCACACAACCUACAGCAGCUUCUUCAAGCAUCUGAAUUAAAAACACAUGAUACAAUACCAUGCUCCUCACAGUGCAAGAUCUCUAGGCUGGUUCUGUUCUGUUGUCCUUGUAUUUUAUUUCAUUAUGAUAGUAAUGUUAUUUUACUUGAAUCAUUUCAUACCUUAUCGUAUGGUUCCUUUUUAAAAAAUACACUUUUUUUUUUUUUUUUUUGUAGGAGUUUUGAAGGUAAAAUAGACUGGGUUGAAAGUUGCUAAAAGAUCAAACUUCAGAGUUGGUACCUCUGGGUCACUGGGCCCUACCUGAGUUGAUCUCCUGAAUUAUCCCUCAGCAUCCACAAACUGGCAGCAUUUACACUGCACACUGAGUACUGUAGACUAAAGGAGAGGAAAGGAGGAGUGGGGAAGAGGGAGAUGGAGAAUUGGAUAGGAGGUAUAGAGGGAUAUGAAAAGUGGUGCUAUGUUAGCAGAACAGCCUGUUCAUCCUGCAGCCUUCCCCUGAGGGAGGUCAUCACUGAUCUAGACCUGGUUGGAUAAGUGAAAGGAAGGUUUGCACCCUAUUACUUCAACCGAUCUAACCUUCUCAGAUCAGUGAUGUGGUCAACGAAGGAAGAGAUGUGUAGAGAUCCCAUCUUUGUAUCAGUGCCAUUAGUGUAUGUGACAACAUGGGCAGUGCCAUUGAGGUUAGCUCCAUUUUAAAGUAGUACAUUUUCUUUUGAUGUUUGAAAAGAGUGUAACGGUAAUAUUGGUGACUUACCGCCACAUGCAAUGCUGGACUCUUGAACCAAAUCUUUAUUUUGGCCACUAGAUGGCGGUCAUAUAGCUUAAAGCCAUUUACAAACUAGGCAAACCAAUUUGAAGAAGACAAUGCUCUGAUCAUCGGCUAAUCGCUCCCAACCCAUAGGAAUCCCCACCCAGUUGAAUACUUUAAAAUGGUGGAAGCCCUCAAUGUCCAUGCAAAAAAACAGGUUAUUUCCAAGUAAUGAUCUCUAUACAUCUCCAUGGGAAGGAUACAUAUCUUAGCAGGGCCAAUGUGAGAAGAUGGAGGGCAUUGUAUACUGAAGGAGAGAGGUGUAUUGUGGGAGACGUAGUCUUACGAACGUCGCCAUCGCUGUAGGCCUUUUCACUAUUAUUUUUACCAAGUGUUUAACUUAUUUCUGUAUCAUUUCUCAAAAGAGGCUUCCUUAAACCCCCUCAUUUCAUACUGUAGUUUAUUUGACACAUGAUGCCAGCAGCGAAGCAUUAUAUGUGGACCUUUUUUGUAAAUGUGUUAUCUACCUCAAGGUAACAGCAGCGAGAGACACUCGAAGCUGCACUAGUGCUUUACACACACACACACUGCAUUGACAUAGUGACCUUCUCUUCUGAUUGACAGUCGUGUUUCCAUCAUUAUUUAUUUCUAGCAGAUAUUUAUUUGAACGGGACAACGUGUUUAUUUCAAUGUAACUGUCCUGGACACCAAGGCGUUGGACGAGGGGGAGGGAGAGAGAUGGAAGGACAUCCAUUUUCAUUUUGUCACUAUGUUGAGUAUGUGGCUCAUUUAGUUAUGGUAGGAUGCAAGUUAAUAAUUAAUCUGUUUUAAGUUAUAGAAGCUUUCCAUUUUCAAUCAUUUGUCAUAAUAUUUUAUUUAUAGGUGCAUUCUGUUUUUUUGGGGGGGAACUGCUUCAUGAGAAGCGCCUAAAAGUCUUAAUUUUUUUAAAAAUCUAAAUGUAAAUUGUUAAAAUCGUGUGCAUGGAAGAAACAGGAGGUACAUUAAAACAAAGUUAAUGGUGUACGUCAUUACAUUUUAUUUUAAAUGUACGUUUUUAUUACAUAUUUUAUUUUCCAAGCAAGCAUGAUACGAUUAGGGUAUGAAGGUGUAGCAUGUACAUUGUUUUGCCUUUAAAAGCUGCCUCUCCAUUCUUUUGUAAUCAUCGGUUCCCCUGUUCUACGAAAUAUCUAAUUAAUAAACAUGGCCAGCAAAGA